AUGGCAGCAGUACAGACUCCUAUCUUUCCAACAACCGUAAUCACCAGCGACCAGCUCAAGGGCAGCUUACCCAAUGCCACGAUCGACGAAAAUGUCGAUUGCACUGCAAUAGCCACCUCAUGUAUUGCUCGCCUCGAAAACCUGCAGCAAAGCGACCUGACCGACGAUGCGAUAUGGAGAGAUUCUCUCAGCAUUACUGAACAUCAACGAACAUUCAACACUGCAACUUCCAUCAUCGCAGUCUGGAAUGAGCUGAAGGCUAAAUGUCAACCUCAUAACUUCAAACUCGUACCACACACUGCACAUGUCUUCAGAUUGGGACCUCGGCCAGUUUGGCUCACUGCUGCUUUUCGGUUCGAGACUAAAGGCGCUCAUGCUGCCGAAUGUUCGGGCCUGUUGAACAUGGUCCCGGACGAAAACGGUCACUAUAGGAUCUGGGUCUUCGGCACAAUGAUCGAGGAACUCAAGGAUUUUGGAAACCCAGACAGCUUCCCUGACCCAAAGUUCACACCAGCUGCAGACCUCGAAGAUGGCGGCGAGAUUGAUUGUAUCAUUGUCGGAGGCGGGAUGGCUGGCCUCUGCGCAGCAGGUAGACUGCACGCACUGCGCGUUCCCUAUCUCGUCGUCGAACGCAAUGCUUCCGUUGGCGACAACUGGACUAAACGAUACGACUCCAUCCAUCUGCACCUCUCGAACAGUUACAGCGAGAUGCCAUUUCAACGUGUGUACACUGACAAGCCAUACAAUCUCGGCAGUCGAGACUUGGCCGAAGGUAUGCAAAAUUACGUGGACAUGCACAACAUUCAGAUUUGGCUAUCAAGUUCGGUGGACCAAGCACGCUGGGACGAAGACACCAAGAGCUGGAAUGUAACUGUGAGCAAAAAAGGACAACUUCAGAGACUCAAAGCAAAACACCUCGUCAUGGCCAUUGGAGGCGGCUUAGACGUACCCAGAUAUCCUGAGGAAUAUGCCAACCGUGACGAAUAUCAGGGCACCGUAUUGCACUCAAUCGACUGGAAGAACGCAAACAGCUUUACAGGCAAGAAAAGCAUCAUCAUCGGCUCCGCCAACAGCGCCAUCGACAUAGCUCAAAACAUGGUCGACAGCAACAUGUCAGAGAUAACCAUAGUCCAACGCAGCACCACCCACGUUGUAUCGACCAACGUCUUCUAUCCCUUGAUCGAUCCCCUCUACAAUCCACAAAUGGAUUUAGGGCUUUCGGACAGAUUGAUGAUGACACAGCCCUACGCAGUCAAAGUCAAAUCAGGCAUCUUACCUACCUCCUUCACAAAAACCGGUCUCCGCUUCCAAGAUGGCACACAAGUAGAUGCAGACGUAAUAGUCUACGCCACAGGCUUCAGAAGCAACCUCCGCUCAAGCGUAACCUCAAUAAUCGGCUCUUCUACCGCCGCCCACCUCGACGAUUUCUUCGGUCUCGAUGCCGAAGGAGAAAUCAGAGGAUUGGCUAAACCCAUUGGUCGUAAAUNNCCUGGGAUUUGGUAUUUUGGAGGUGGGACCGCGAAUGCUAGGUUUACUUCUAGAGUGCUGGCUAUGCAGAUUGCUGCUGAUGUUAGGGGUAAGCCGUUUGUGCCUUAUACCGCUUCACCGUAG